CCCUCUACUUUGUUCCCCUCGUCUCCUUCGCCUACUCCACCACAACCGCAGCCGCCCCCACGACCGCUUCCGAGUGACAUGGUGAAGGAGCGCGUGAUCACGGUGGAGUACUUAGAGCCGUCCAUGUCGCGCGAGCUCGUUGGCAAGUUCCCCGAACACUCUGCCUUCGACUUCGAAUACUCCCAGAGCGGCAUUUGGUCGCCACUGCUCCCCCGCGGCCACCACGCCCCUGUGCCACUCCUUUGCCUCCAUGCCCGCAAGAAGUUCCUGUCUGGGUCCCCAGUGACCCUUCGGAAAGUGAAGGCAAAGCUCUCCAAGAAGAAGAAGAAGAAGAAGAAGCAGAGUGCUAUUGGGAAGAACCUGGAAUUCACUCCGAUCCCUUCUCCUAAACUUGGUUGGAAGAGAGUGUUGAGAGCAGCCGCCAAACGCUUCAAGAUUCACGGGAAAUCGCCAUUGCCGAUGGUGCUGCCAACCUUAUGAAUCUUCUUAUUAAUUGUAUUUCUGAUUUUCACUAUAAAUCAAUACUUGUUCCCUUUAAGUAAUUAGAUGAAAACUGAUUGCAAUA